AUGUCGAUGGGGAAAUUCAUGAGUUCAAUUCUUACUAGCUCUUGUUGCGAAGAGGUUUGUUGUGUUUUGAAUAUUUUAAUAUUUUAUCCGCGGUUAAAUUUUCUUAGAAGUUUUCGUAAUCCUUCAGGGUAUAUUGGUAAGAGAUUUCACUUAGGUGUCUCAGGUCUUUAUAAAAGGUAUUUUCUCGCUUGUUAAGUCUAAAAUCCGUGACAACGUCUUCGCUCCACACACAUGCUUAAUUUGUGAUCGUUUGCAAUGGAAGGUGAUAUUUUUAAAUUCCAAGUUGUUGGGGAAUUGAACACGAUAUAAUUGCAAUCGACGGCACGAUAAUUGUAAUGCUCUACUUCCGAUAAAACUGCUUCAUUAGAUUGUAAAUAAGAGAACUGUCGCGAAGACACUGAUGUUGACUUCACCCGGGAUGGAUGUUUUCGGUAAAAAUGAAUUUUGAAGCUUUGAAGGAAGGGCAAAGGCGAAUAUCAGUUGUUUUCAUCGGUCCCAACCUCUUGUCUUUCGUGUAAAUCGUAGGUCGUGAUAACAAUCCAAUAAUUUGUUACACAACUCAUCUUAAAAGCGAGGCUUUCAAAAUCAAAGCCUCUGAAAAUUAGGUCGUAGGUCGUGAUAACAAUCCAAUAAUUUGUUAUAACACAUCACUGGUUAGAACUGUCUCUAAAAAAAUGGUCGUAGCUACGACAACGAAAACUAAACUCAAGUCAUCUUUUUUGCUUUCGCAACACACAGAGACGGGGAAGACAUAUGGUCAGCGGAGUUGCUGGCUAACGAUUCUGUGACCAUCCUUCACCGUUUCUUCCUUGAAGAUUCAGCCAAACACGCAUACCGUACAAUUCCGAAAAUAAGCCCCUCCAUGCAUAAGCCCCUCCAAAUAUAAACCCCCCAAACCGGUAACGCAAAAAACCCUCCAUUAAAUCGCCCCUCCAAAUAUAAGCCCCCCGGGGGCUUGUACGUGGAAAAUUGCCCUCAAAUACAAAGCAAAAACGGUAAAUUUACUUCCAACUAUAAGACUAGCCCAAUCGAUUUUGAAACGCAAAUUUCCCUUCGUAGAAAAGCCCCUCCGAAUAUAAGCCACUCCAAAAAUAAGCCCCUCAAAAAUGGUCUUUGAAAAAUAAAAGCCCCGGGGCUUAUUUUCGGAAUUUUACGGUAUUUAGCUGAAGCAGCCGUUUUGCCAAAAAGACUCAAAUUAUCCAAACCGUACUUGCCAAGUUCAGCACUGGCUUUUGUUCUUAUUAUAAAGGUGCUUUUUAACAGGAACGCUUCUGGCUUUUUUUUUCCAGACGUAGUUAAUCGAUAGAAAUAGAUAUCGGAAAUCAAUCAAUAUAAUCGAUAUCAGUCGAUUUAAUCCGCCAAUUGAUAUCACAGAAAAAACUAGUUUAUCGAUGAUUAUCGAUCAAUAAAAAUCCAUAGCAAUCGGUAGUAAUCGAUAACAAGCAAUAAUCUUGAAGUGAAUAUUCUGAACAUGACGAUGAUAUUUGGCAAGCAACACCCAUGAGAAUGGCUUAGGCUUUAAAAAAAAACGUUUUAUUUUUGACUUCAGCAACUACUCCAGGCGCAGUCUUCAUCACGUUCCAUUUUUUUGUUUCUUUCUUUUCCUGGUUUGUUUUAAUGGAUCUUUACAUGUCCAUUCAAUUCUACGCUAUCGACUGCAUCUUGCAUUUCUUUCCUUGCAACCUCGCGGUAGCCUGCGAAUACAGCCGUUUUUCCUUGCUCCUCGCCGCUUGGGACGUUUUACCAGGAGGGACGUCGGCGCCUUAGCGACAAAAAUUCCAUACUGAUGACGUAAAUCAAUGUUUACACACUAAAUCCGGGUAGUCGUGGGGUUCCAAAUGUAAUUUUUUUUAUUUCAUUUUUCUCCUGGUCGAUCAUGGUAAAGUUUUGUGUUCUACUGCAAACGAGCUGCAGCAAAACUCAGAUGUUUUCCCUAAAGAGGAAUAUAUUCCAGGAACAUUGACUGUUUUGUAGUGGAUUCAUCACGUUUUAUACCACCCGGUUUACAUGUUACCUUUAUGGCCUUUUGUCGUUUGUCUGUCAUUCGUAAACAAUAGGUAAAACAAUAUAACUAUUAUGUCGACCAAUCAAAGCUCCUGACCAGAUUCUGGACAGAUUUUACGUCAUCAGUAUGUUCCUCCAUCAUCAGACGUUUCUCCUGGCGAAACUUUCCUCGCGGCGAGGAGCCACGAGAAACGGCUGUUUUCACAGGCUAAUCUCGCCGACACUAGAAUCCAAUUCAAUUCGGUAUAUACACAGGCAUCGAAGACCUCCACAUCGCUGCCAUCUUUUGGCAUAAGAGGUCGUACUGAUGCUACAGCGACAGAGAGUUAUUUUCUGCCACUUUCGCAGCAAUUUCUUUCCUUAUUAUGAACUGCGCUUAAGCAAAAAAAUCAAAACAAAUUGCAAUUUGUUGCUGUUUGUUCUUUUAGUAUUUUAUCAAUUAAAAGAACUGCAUAAUAUCACGACUGAAUGACUCAAUAACAUCGACAAUAUCGUGUAAAUGUUGAACUUCUUUUCCGAUAAUAAUCGAUAGUAAUCGAUAACAAUCGAUAAAUCAAUCAUUAUUAUCGAUUUCUAUCGGAAAUCGAUAUUAAUGGAAGUCAACUUUUUCUUUAUCGAUUUCUAUCGAUUGAUAUCGGAAAUCGAUAUUCAUCGAUGAUUGAUAUCGAUUUCUAUCGAUUACUAUCGAUUAUCGGUUUAUCGAUUAACUGCGUCUGUAUUUUUGUUGUAAGAAACGCACGCGCAGAACGGGGUGGAGGGGGCACUUAAUAGGAAAGAGGAUAGGGUGCUGUCGCUGAGGCCUUAGGGUAACUUUCUUUUUUCAUGUUGUAAAAUCACAUCCAAUGCAAUACUCAGCUGACGUACAAAAUAAAGGUACUGGACCUUACAGGCCAGGAAGUGUUUGUUUGAGACUGAAAUAUGGAAACAAAGUGUCAGCUAACAAUUUAGCCAGCGUAUCUGGAGGUUUGUUUAAAGGAGCUGUGUCACGAAAUUCAGCCAUGGUAAUUACAAAAUGCCUGUUGAAUUAAGAGGAACAUAAAAAUAACCGCUUUAAACAUUAAAUGAAGGUUAAAAUAACACAUCAGAUAUAACAAAUUCCACGGAUGAGUAAAACUGAAGAAGAUUGAAACGGAUUGAAAUUAGGGUUUUCAGUGAAAACUAUUGAGCCUAACAGUUUUUCAACGUUUAUCUUUGCUGUUUGCAAUUUCAAAAAUAAUGCUUAGGAGACAUAUUUGUUUGUCUCGAAUUUCUGAUUUUGUCAUUUGCAUGAGAUUUCUUUGGUUACUUUAAGUUCCAUAGCGAUUGAGGGUGAGUAAUUGCCAAAUUUAAACAAAAUGAAUUGGACUGCCGUGACACAGCCCCUUUAACGCGAGGAAUUAACAAAAAAGCUGCGAAAACAGGCGCGAACAAGCGGCACCGGGUCUCUGUCCCAAUUCUCCAUGCCUCUGACAGUACUUUUAUACAAUGUAUAUUGCUUAUUUUGUUUUUCAUUACUGUGCUAGCUGAAAUUUAACGGUUAUUAGUAAGACUGGUAGUGAGAUAAUGCUCGGUAGUUGAAUUGGGUUCAAAAAUUAUAAGGUGGAUGCAUAGAAUGCAUAUUUCUGGUCACUAACCGGUUGCCCCGUUUUCAGAAUAAGGACCCCGAAGAAGAAGAAUCAAAUCCAAGACAAAAGCUACUUGAUGAGGAUGUUACUAAAUCUUACACUUCGGAAAUUCACAACUCUUUAGAAACGCACAAGAGCCCUACAGCUAUAUACGAGAGCUCAACAACUAGCACGAGAAGCAUCUACUACACGCCUUCCAGUAGCUUUAAAGACUCGCCGUUCAUGUCAGUCGAUUCAGAAUCAAAUACGGUUACAUCCUAA